GAGAGGAAAAAACAAUUCGAUGGCAGCGAUUGGGGAGUGCAAGACUGUUGUUUCGUUUGUUCGUGGUUUCACUAUCAUUAAUCAAAGAUUACGCGAACGUCUUUUCUAUUAUUUUUAUUACUGUUUUUGCAUUCUCCUUUCUCCUUCUUCUUUUUCCUCCGUAAUCUCUACUAUUUGUAUUAAUUAUUAUUAUUGUUGUUUUUGUUGUUCCCAAAAUCUAACCGCACAUCUCAGUCACACCCAUCUCAGAAAAAGAGUAAAACUUCUUCGAUUCCCGUAGAGAGAGAGAGAGAGAGAGAGAGAGAGAAACUCUGAAUUCACGCCCGCAACCACUCCAUCAGGCUCAGAUUCCCGGAACAAUUCUGGGUUCUCUUUCGUUUUUCGUCUUCUUCGUGGGUUUUUGGUUUCUGGGUUGUUUCUGAGUUGCGAUUUUGGGUACUCGGGAGCCAAAGGGUUUGUGUUUUGCAAGGUUCUUUGUUCCGUAGGGAUCAAUUUGUUUUUUUUUUUGGGGGGAGGUGAGGUGAGUUUGUGCAAGUGCGAGCUUGAUCUUCGGCUAUGGAGAGUGGUUCGGAAGGAGAGAAGAAUAAGAAGCCACCGGAGGGGGAGAACAAGACCAAGCGCAAAAUGAAGACUGCUUCCCAGUUGGAAGUUCUGGAGAAAACAUAUGCUGAGGAGGCCUAUCCCUCGGAAGCUUUGCGGGCUGAGCUAUCUGUGAAGUUGGGUCUAUCUGAUCGUCAACUGCAGAUGUGGUUCUGUCACCGGAGACUGAAGGACAGGAAGGCUGCGCCAGCCGCCAAGAAGCUGCGAAACGAGGUGGGGGAGGGUGUUGAGCAAAUAGCAGUGGCUGAUGCUAGGCAUGAUCCUAGUUUGGUUUCUGGGUUGAAGCAAUUUGGUCAUCUGGAUUCGCGGCGAGUUGUGUCACAGCCUGGGAUGAUGGCCUUUCCCAGGAUGGGAGCUGGAUUGCCAGCAAUGGAAAGCAACAGUUACUAUGAAGCCCAUCAGACCAUAGAGGAGCUGCGAGCUAUUGCAUUUGUGGAAAGACAGUUGGGAGAGCCAUUAAGAGAGGAUGGACCAAUUCUAGGGAUGAAAUUUGAUUCCUUGCCGCCUGGUGCAUUUGGUACACCAAUAGGGACAGUGACAUUGGGGCAGCAUAGGCAAUCUGCAAGGCCUUUUGAGGGAAAAAUUUAUGAACAAUUGGACAAGGGUGUUUCAAUUUCAAGGACUCCCCUCGAAUAUCAAUUUAUUCCAGAGCAGCCAACUGUCAGAAAUGAGACAUAUGAGAGAGUUGCCCCCUCUAUCCAUCAUGGUUCUCUUGAUGGCAUUCCGCAUUCCCGGACUUUAUUAUCAAGUGGGCAAUCUUUCCUUAAUAGGAAUGAAUCUAUACCUUAUGGGUAUGGAGUUCAAGAUCAGAUACCUGGUUUAAAUCUUCUUUCUCAGCAAGACAGGCAGAAUCAUCUUUUGCCGUCUGCUUCAGGAAAGAAUGAUGAUGUUCCCCGAAAAAACCCAUUUGUUGAUGUAACUGUUGACACUCAUGGUGGGGCUCACCCAAUAACUCUGAUCAACAGCCCACUAAUGCCAUCUGACAGAAAGGUUAUGCAUGAGGAGGAACUUUCAAGGUUUCAAAGGAAACAAAGGAAUGAAGAGGCUAGGAUGCAAAGGGAAAUUGAAGCACAAGAGAAAAGAAUUAGAAAAGAGCUUGAAAAACAGGAUAUUCUAAGGCAAAAGAGAGAAGAGCAAAUAAAGAAAGAGAUGGAGAGGAAUGACCGUGAAAGGCGGAAGGAAGAGGAAAGGCUAGUGCGUGAAAGACAGCGGGAGGAGGAGAGGUACCAAAGAGAACAGAGGCGUGAACUGGAGCGGAGGGAGAAGUUUUUACAGAAAGAAUCAAUUAGAGCCGAGAAACUGAGACAGAAGGAAGAACUACGCAGGGAGAAAGAGGUAGCAAGGAUCAAAGCUGCCAAUGAAAGAGCUAUUGCCCGCAGAAUGGUGAAAGAAUCAAUGGAACUUAUUGAAGAUGAAUGUCUGGAACUCAUGGAGUUAGCUGCAUCAAAGAAGGGGCUUUCUUCAAUACUAGCUCUUGACUAUGAAACUAUGCAAAAUCUUGAAUUGUAUAGAGAUGGGCAGACUUCAUUCCCACCCAAGUCUGUACAGUUGAAAAGAGCCUUUUCAAUUCAACCUUGGUCAAAGUCUGAUGAGAACAUAGGAAAUCUUUUGAUGGUUUGGAGGUUCUUGAUUACCUUUGCUGAUGUUCUUGGAGUAUGGCCGUUUACCUUGGAUGAAUUUAUACAAGCUUUUCAUGACUAUGAUUCAAGGUUGUUAGGUGAGAUUCAUAUUGCGCUUCUGAGAUCCCUUAUAAAAGAUAUAGAAGAUGUUGCAAGAACAGCCUCUACUGGGUUAGGAGCUAACCAAAACAAUGUUGCCAACUCUGGUGGGGGGCAUCCACAAGUAGUUGAAGGGGCAUAUGUGUGGGGUUUUGAUAUAAGAAAUUGGCAGCGACAUUUAAAUCCAUUAACAUGGCCAGAGAUUUUGCGGCAAUUUGCUUUGUCAGCAGGAUUUGGGCCUCAAAUGAAAAAACAGAAUAUUGAUCAGGUGCAUCCUUGCAAUAAUAAUGAGGGUAAUGAUGGUAGAGAUAUAAUUUCUAGACUACGCAGUGGAGCAGCAGCUAAAAAUGCUGUUGCUAUUAUGCAAGAGAAGGGAUUAUCUAACCCUAGAAGAUCUCGGCAUCGCUUGACACCUGGAACUGUUAAAUUUGCUGCAUUUCAUGUCCUUUCUGUUGAAGGAAGCAAUGGCCUCAAUAUACUGGAAGUUGCAAACAAGAUUCAGAAAUCUGGACUUCGUGAUCUUACAACAAGCAAAACACCAGAGGCUUCUAUAGCUGCUGCUUUGUCCAGGGAUACAAAACUAUUUGAAAGGACAGCUCCUUCAACAUAUUGUGUACGUCCUGCAUAUAGAAAGGAUGCAGCUGAUUCUGAUGCAAUUUUUUCAACUGCCAGGGAAAGAAUCAGGUUAUUCAGAAGUGGAUUCAUGGAUGUAGAAGUAGAUGAUGGUGAAAAGGAUGAUGAUUCUGAAAGUGAUGUGGCAGAAGAUCCUGAGAUUAAUGAUUUAGGAACUGAAAUACAUUUGAAAAAGAAGGCUUCCAAUUCUGAGGAAUUUAAUGCAAACACUGUAAUGAGUGGAAAGGACAGUGAGAUUUUGCAAAAGGUUGCUGAAGACUUCAAUGAACAUAAAGAUGUUAGUGCCUCUAGUGAAAUUGCUGUUUGCAGCAAUGAUGUGAAUAAUUCUAAUCUAGAAGGCAUGAAAGUUGAUGAAGGCAUUCUAGGUGAACCAUGGGUACAUGGGCUUGCAGAAGGAGAGUACUCGGAUCUUAGUGUUGAGGAGCGUCUUCAUGCUCUUGUUGCUUUGAUUGGUGUGGCAAUUGAAGGAAAUUCAAUUCGUGUUGUACUUGAGGAGCGUUUAGAAGCAGCAAAUGCUUUAAAGAAGCAGAUGUGGGCAGAGGCACAGCUUGAUAAACGUCGUAUCAAAGAGGAAUACUUUUUUAAGAUGCAGUCUGUCUCUAAUAUGGGCAAUAAAAAUGAAGCAGCUGUUGCAAUUCCAACAGUAGAGGGUAAACAAAGCCCAUUGCUUGCUGUUGAUGACAAAAAUGAUGAGGCUUUGUUCACUCCCUGUGGCCAGCAUGAACAGACAAAUGUACUACAGGAAAAUCAGAAUCAUCUUCGGAGUUUUCCAUUAGAAGUCAACAUGCAGAUGCAAGAUUGUUCUAUGGGCCCAGAUAAUUAUUUUUUCCAACAAUCAGGAUUUGCUGCUGAAAAAUCAAGGCCAAAUUUAAAAUCAUACAUUGGCCACCUGGCAGAGCAAACUUACAUGUAUAGGUCAUUGCCUCUUGGUUUGGAUCGAAGACAUAAUCGAUACUGGCGGUUCAUUGCAUCUGCUUCUCAUAAUGAUCCAGGCUGUGGCAGGAUUUUUGUGGAGUUGCAUGAUGGUUGUUGGAGGCUGAUUGAUUCUGAAGAGGGUUUUGAUGCUCUACUGGCAUCUUUGGAUGUACGAGGGAUCAGGGAGUCCCACUUACAUAUGAUGCUGCAAAGAAUUGAGAUGUCCUUCAGGAAAUCUGUGAGAAGGAAUGUCCUAAAUGGUAAUAUGAGAAUGCAAAAUGGAGAUGCUGUCAACGGACUAAAGACAGAAGUUGUUGAAAUGGUUAAAAACCAAGACUGUAAUGCUAAUAGUAAUAUUCACUGUCCUACUUCUGUAUGCAUUGAUAAUUCAGACGCAACUGUGACCUCAACAUCUUUUGUGGUUCAGCUUGGAAGAAAUGAAGCUGAGAACAAAGAUAUUUUUAUGAGAUAUCAGGACUUUGAGGAAUGGAUGCGAAAGGAAUGCCUAAAUUCCUCAAUAUUAUGUGCAAUGAAGUUUGAGAAGAAGAGGUGCAGCCAACUGCUGGUCAUAUGUGAUUUGUGCCAUCAUGUCUAUUUCUCUGGAGGAAUCCAAUGUCCUUCCUGCCAUAGAACCUUCAGUACUUUUAAGAGUAACUCUAGUUCUUCUGAACAUGUUACUCAUUCUAAAGGCAAAAUGAAGAUUGGCAUUGACUAUUUCAAUGUUUCAUCUUCAUCUCCUUUGAGGAUGAGAUUGCUGAAAAUCUUCUUGGCAGUUGUUGAGGUAACCCUUCCCCAAGAAGCUCUUCAACCCCUUUGGACAGAUGGCUACAGGAAAUCUUGGAGUGCAAAGCUGGAUGCUUCCUCAUCAACUGAAGAUAUUCUCCAGAUAUUGACUGCGUUGGAAGGUGCUAUAAAAAGGGAGUAUUUGGCUUCAAACUAUGAAACUACCCAUGAGCUGUUGGGUUCCUUUAGUUCUUCUGGAUGUCCCAUUAAUAAUGAUUCCAUAGGUGGUGAAAGCAUACCUGUGCUUCCGUGGGUGCCAUAUACAACAGCUGCUGUGGCUUUAAGGCUCAUGGAACUUGAUGCGUGUACCUUUUACACCUCGCAGCAGAAGUUGGAAUCUGAGAAGGAUAAGAGAAUUGGAAUUGUUAUGAAGCUUCCAUCAAAGUAUGCUGCUGCCAAAAAUUCUUACAAUGCUGAUACAAUUGAGACUUCACAUCAGGCUGAACAUACUGUAGAGAACUGGGUUAAUCUUGGUGCGGGACUCACGAGCUACAGCAGAGGACAAAGGACCCGACAAGGCCACAGCCAUUCUCAAAGUGGGAGAUCACAAGGAAGGGUUGUUAGAUCAAGAUACAAUUCUAGAAAGAGAAGCACUGCCUCCAGCAGCAGGAAAAUGGGUAAAUUACUUGGAUGGAAAGGGAGAUCAUGUGGAAAAGGAGGACCUGUUCGCGGUCGCCGGAGCAUUAGAAGUGGGCAGAAACCAGCAGCAGCCAAGGUGGAUGUGAUCAGUGGUGAGAGGGAUACCCCAAAAGACAUCACAGAGGAAACAUCGAAAGGUAUCUUUGUCAGAGAGGAGAUUGAUGAAGGUGAAAUGGAAGACACUGCUCUAAAUGCUAGUAGUUCAGGUAGAUCAGGCUAUGAAGAUGAUAUUUAUCAAGCAACAGGUGAUGAGUAUGAUUAUCUGGUGGAUAAUAAUGAUAGAUAUCUUGGUGGAUUUAGUGGGAAGUCUGAGAACUUCGUAAAAGAGAGCCACUAUAACGUGGAUGAUGAGGAAGGUGUGGGUAUUGAUGAUGAAGAUGAUGAUGAUGGGAGAGUAGAUGUUGAUGUUGAAGAUUACAUAAUUGGGGACUCUGAUACCAGGGACAGCAGAGAAGAAAAUCCAGAACAAAACAUGGAUCCAGAUGGAAUAGGUUCUACAUCAUCCGACUACAGUGAUUAAAAGUAGCAGCUCUAGUCAUGUAGGGUGAAUCCUCAAGAGUCUGUCAGUUAAAUUUUGAUAUAUUUCAUUUAGUAGGAAUAGUCCAAUGAAUCAGGUAUUUGAGAUAGAAUUUGUAGACUGCAAAAUGAUGAAAGGA